AAUGGUUCAAUCCGCUGAGAGUGAGAAAGACGGGGAGCACAAAGGAAGCAGCGCGCAUACUGCUCGUUUAGGAGGGAGAUAAUUGGGUGCGUGAUGUAAACAUGGAAUAAAAAAACAAAACAACCUAAGACUGCAUUUAUUUUUCACAAUGCGCUGGUCCAUUAUCGGUGUUUAAUAUUACAUGAGGCUCUGGCUAUGAACCACGUAUCUGUCUGGACAAGGGAAGACAGGCAGCAAGUGAGAAAUUGAAGCCAAGAGUGGAGGAGAGGAAAGAGGAGUUGAGCAUUCUUUCAUCUUCGCUUCAGGGUUUUAUCUGGAGUUUCUCGCUGGCUUUGGACCGAACCCGCUUCAUUAAGACGUGAUGUCGGGUUUUUAAGCUGACCACACCGUCAAGAAAAGAUUUUUUCUUCUUCUUCUUUUCACAUGCUUCCCCCCCUUUUGAAUAUAGAAUGACAAAAGGAAAACACGCCAAUAUGUUGCAUUUCUGAGACACGUCUCCAUGGGUGAGGCCCACUGAUCCAGAAACUCCUACAAACCCCCUCCAUCCCUUCCCCCUACCCUCUUCUCUCCUUUAGACCCCGUCGCCUCCACUUUAUCCACCAUGACUUCCACAAGCCAGCUGUUUGGCUUGGCUGAGGUGGGGCUGAGGUGUGACCAAGAGAUUGAGAGGAGAUAUGAGAUUGUGCCCUCUGUGGUCUGCUCCAUGUGCUGCCUCUUUGGAAUCAUCUAUUGCUUCUUUGGCUAUCGAUGCUUCAAGGCCGUGUUGUUUCUAACAGGCCUAAUGUUUGGCUCUGUGGUCAUCUUCAUGCUAUGCUAUAAGGAGAGGGUGAUGGACACUCAGCUGAGUGUGGAGGCGUCCGUGGGCAUCGGCCUGGGCAUCGGGACCCUGUGUGGUCUGGUGACGAUGCUGGUUCGCAGUGUGGGGCUGUUUAUGGUGGGCCUGCUGCUGGGUCUGCUGGUUGGAGUUGCAUCACUGGUGAUCAUGGAGGAGUUCUACCACCCCAGAACAGUGUGGGUUCCUCUGGGUAUUCUCUUGGGUUCUGGGACACUAUUUGCUGUCCUCACACUACAGUGGCAGCGCUGCUUUGUCACCCUCUCCACUGCCACAUUUGGCUCUGCCAUCAUUACCGUAACCGUGGAUUAUUUUAUAGAGCUGUUCGCUUUGGUACACUACGUUUAUGAGAGACUCAAGGUGGAUCCCAAGAAGCCAGUGUGCUGGUUUACAUGGGUGAUCUUGGGGGUGUGGCCUGUCCUGGCACUCCUCGGAGUGCUGAUUCAGUGGAAAGUCACUGCAGAGGGAUUUUCUCACACAGAGGUGGUUUUAAGUCGACAGCAGCGAAAGGUCCAGCUCAUGCGGAUUCGACAGAGAGAAGAGAGGCUGAAAAAGGAGAAGGAAAACAAAAAGAAGAAAAAGAGACAGAGCCAGAAAGCAGGGCACAAGCAGAAGACUCAUUCCCAUCACAACCACCAGCAGUACCACCACCCAGCAGCAUCUCACCCUCAUCACCAAACUCAGAGCUCUCAGCCUCCUAAAGUCCCUCCUCCUCCUCCUCAGACUGAGCCUGGCUACCACCGCAAAGCCAACUCCAAAAGGCGCUUUGAUGGAGAUGUGCUGUCUCCGAGUUACAUCAGGAGUUUCAGGGACAGACAGACAGACAGACGGGCGUACUCCCACAGUAGAAUGAUGAGCCGGUCUCGGAUGGCUGAACUUGACUAUGACUGCGGCUCUCAGGUGCCCCUUACAGCACCCAGUGGACCCCCAGUUCGCAUCUGAGGCAGUUAAUUGCACAGAUCCACACACACACACACACACACACACACACACACGCACCAUCACAGGCUACUUCAAGACUCACUGAUAAGGAUAGGAAACCUAACCUAACCUAACCUAACCUAACCGUGCCAACCCAAUCAACUGCCUAUUAAGCCAACAGGAGCUCAAAGUGCUCCAGAGGUGGUGUGACCCACACUGCUUUUCUCCUGUCAGACUCAUUGAAGUAUUUAUUUGGUCUGUUUUUCCUUUUAAUGUCUAAAAACAGCGAUUUUUCUUUGUCGAAAGUGUGAGAAUUAUGAGUCAUCAUAUGUUAUAUUUGGCUUCUCUGUAAUUGUACUUACCUGAAAAACACUGGAAACAAGUGAAACUCUCUUAUGCAUAGUUAAUUAAACUGUCUCUGUUGAACAUUUGAUACGAAGAUUUAUACUGGUUGGUUCAAGCCAUACAAAGUAAUUCCUAGUGAGAGUGCGCACUCCACAGGAGCACCACAUCAUGCUAGAGAAAAAUUGCAUCAUUUGGCUUUCAUCAAGUUAAAGUAAAAGAACACUUUACUCCAAAGGUAAUUAAAGGAUUAAACAUUUUGACUUAAGGAAGCGUCUGCUGUGAAAAAUGACUGAAAAGCAACAUAAAAAAAUCACAGCAAACACUGAAACUCAAAGGGAGCUCUUCUGAUUUAAAAGGUCAUUCAUGAAGUCUGCAUUUUAUCUUCACUGACAGCUUGUAAAUUCAAACGUGGCAGCACAAGGCCUGUACUGCUUCAACAUGCAGAAAGAGACAAGUUUAGGUGUGAAUUGGAUUAAACGGUUUACACCAAAGACAAUGUUUGUGUUAUUUCUGUUGUCAAUUAAGUGUCAUUCCCUGCGCUGUUGUGAUUUUCAAGGAGACUGUUUUUACAUCUCAUCACUUUCCUUGUAUCCUCUAUUCUAUUGCCAGCUAUUCCAACUACAGACCUGAACAGGAUACUCAUCUGUCUGCUCUUCUUUCCUCUCUCCAUUAAACAUUUCUGUAAGCGAUGUGAUUUUAUUUAUUAACAGUGCUCUUGUGUCCCUUUUUGCUCUUUUCCACAAAGCUUCUGUUAAAGACAGAUAACUGCUGCCUGAUAUUAAUCAUUCUGGAAUUUGAUUGAUGUAAUGAAGUCUGAGAAUAAUAGGCAACAGUAAAAAUGUUAAAAAUAGUGUAUUUUUGUGUGUGUGAGUGGACACAUGAGCCCUGUGGCAAUUGAUGGAACAUACCAAAUACUGGCCAAGGAGAGGGGGGAUUCGUUGGAAUGUAUGCGCAGCAUGUUGUGCAUACAUUAAAUUCUCUCUUCUUUACCAGUUGGUGAAAAAUGGUAUGCAAAUGUUUGAGUGAAGUGUUAAGUGAAUAAAAAAAGAGGCAACAUCUUUUUUUAAGAUGAGAAAAAUGUGAAGAUAAAUGCACCUGCAAGUGGCGCCCUCUGAUGUUUACUUCUGGACCUUUUUUUCUGGCUUUUCUAUGUAUGUGUGUGCAUAUGAUUCAUGUGUACAUGCAUUUGUGUGUUACUCGCUUUGAAAUUGAAAUGAGUUCCUACAUUAAUAUUGUUAUACUAAACACUGAGACAGGAGAAGGACUCUGAAUGCGAGAUGUUUAAGUACAGCAGGAGAAAGUUGUUUUGUUUUGGGUUUUUUUUUUUGCUUUUUUUAAUUAAAGCUCUCUGGAAACAAAACACUGUAGACCAUGAACACUAUUGCUAGCAAUGUUGCAAUUCCUACUUUGGCUGAAUAUUACUAUAAAAAGCACCAAAUGGAAGACUCGGUAGUAUGAAAGGAAAUUUUGUUAAACUAUUGUUUUAUUAUAGAUUCUUAUUUCUGAGGUUUAAGAAAACUAAACAAUCCCACUGCACAUAAAUUCUAAAAUAAAACUUGAGGUAUGUAAGUUAGUGCCUGGAUUCAGCAAAAUAUACAGUACUUUUAGACCCGAGGACGAGGGAUUUUUAUGAAAAGCCCAUUACUGCAUGUUGAUCAUUGUGUAUAUGUUUCUAUUGUGCUGUUGUCAUGUCACAGCUCUGACAUUUACACUUUAGUUUUCUGGUCCCAGGCUGAUGAAGGUAAAAACAAAAACUCUCUCUCUCUCUAUCUCCAGUUCUCUUCUGUCUGUAAAGGGCUUUGAAAGGCAUUUGAAGCAUUAACCUCUUUUUCACAUGCAUUAUGCCUAUUACAUCAGACCUGCUGUUUACUGUUAUUAAAUGUUGUUUCACAGUUGUGGCAGUACAAGUGUUAUUUUUGGUUUUAUGCCGAAACUUCAGUCCUGCUUUGAUCUGCUUUUGUGUUUUUAUUGUAGUGUAAUUCUAAACUAAACAUUGCCCCUCCUCUUGCUUGUAAUUUGGGGACGAAAAUGAAUAAUUCUUUCAAUGACCUUUUCUUUUAUGUUGUUGUUUUUCUUAUUUCUAAUAUUUUCUUUGAUUGCCUAUUAUAUAAUAUUUCUUUUGAGAAAACCUUUGAUUGUAGAUAUUGACCUGUAAAUAAUUUUUAAAUGUACAAAUGUUUGGCUCCAUUUUCAUGUUUGCACCACAGUCAUGUAUGUAAUUUAUGCAGGCUAUUACUUUCUGGAGUAGACCUGUUAUAUUGUGAUUCUGCAGUCUGUCCAGUUUGCUUUGAUUUGGCUGAGCGGUGGAAACACUUCUCAUUCAGGUGUUUCAGUGUUUCAUGUUCAAAUUUAGCAAAGAAAACGAGCCUGGACUCUGACUCGUCCUUUUCGUAUCAUCCAAUUUAAAUAUGUAAAAAUCACCUGAUUAUCAUUAUUAUUAUUAUUAUGUUAUUAAGCAUGGAUUUCUAUGGACCUAACAUAUGAUAAACAUUGUGAUUCUAUAAUUCAGUGGUCUUGUUUUCUUUACAUUGUCAUUUGUGUGUGCACAAGUGUUGGAGCACAAAUAUCAAAUACUUUUUUUGUUGAAUCGCUCUCUCUCUCUGACACUCCCACAAAUACAUGCAUUACAUAAGUUUAGUUUAGAAUUAGACGGCAAAGUCCCCAGAAUAAAUCGACAGAUAUUUACCUGUUUCAGAACUGGUGCUUGUACACAGAUGUCAGUAGGUGAUGAUUCUCUUACAUAUUUUUUUCAUAUUUAUUGAUGAGGCAGUGAUGUGCAAAAGUCUUGAGCCACCCACUAACCCACCACCUACUAUUAUAUGUUGCUAGGAAAAUGAGUGAAACAUGCAAAAACAGAGUUUGUGCAAUUCUAAUGAGCUUGAAAGUCAAUAUUUGAUUACUUAUAUUCUUCAGCUCAGCCUGACCUCUCUUAGUCAAGCUUUUUUGUCAUUUCUUGAAAUAUUAUUUCCCCAGAUUUCUGCUUUGGCCUUGGCUGUAUUUGGUUUUUGUGUAAUUUGGAACACCUCACCCUUCUUUCCCUUUUCCUCUUUCUAAAGAAUAGCUUCUUGACAGCCACCCUUCACACUGAGACCAUUUCUGAUGAGGCGUCAGUUAACAGUAGAUGGAUCAACUGAAGGUCCUGAUCCACUUGUCAGGUCUUUGCUGGAUUUUUUUUUCUCAAGGACGUGACUUUCAGACACCGUUUAUCUGCUGUAGAUUUUUACGACCUGAUACUUCUUUUGUCCUCCUCUGAUUCAGUUUUCCUCAGAUUUUUUUUGAGGACACACUCCACAUCAUGCUGAGAUAUGCACUUAAAGAAUCACCUUGCUGGUGUAAAAAUACUAUAUUAUGCCUGUUAAACUGCGUUAUCUUCAGUUUUUUGUUUCAUAUAUUCAACCGAAAAAAGAGUAUAUGUUUUUUGCAACAGGCUACAAGUAACAAAGUAGCCACAACAAUGGUUCAUCCUUUCAGUUAGAUGCCUUUUUUAAUAUUUGCAUAAUUCAUUGGUCAAUGUUAUGUAGCUUAACUAACAUACAAACAAAACAAAAAAGCUGCAUUCCUCUGAUAAUGGUCAUACACAGGAACUGCCCUGAAAAUGAGUGCAAAAAGCCAAAACUUUGCAAGACCUUCAAAAAGACAUUUUUAAGGUCUUUGAAAGAAAUUGCAAGAAAGUCUGGCUCCUUGGAAGCAAAAUGUGAAGAUGAGCAGGAUGGCUCAAGUCUUUUAGAGAGGACUUGUAUUUGUGCAAAGUAAAGAGAAAAAUUAUUUCUUAAACACCCAGAUACCAGCUUCAAAAUAUCAUUUUUACUCUGCAGGUGUUGGCUGUGAUAAAGAGCUGCUUAAGAAUCAUUAACAUAAAUGAUGGGGAAAAAAACAAGCAUCUGGAUUUCCAGUCAGUUGCAUUCUUAUGUGCUCUGACAGUAUAGGUUUCAGGCUACAUUAGCAGUGUAGCUUCAUAACAAACUGCAGCAGUUAUGUAACGACAAAUACAACUGCAAAACUAAUCAAGAAAUAAGAAGUGCAGCAAUGCUUGAAGCUUUUUGCUUCCCGGUAAAAAAUAAAAUAAAAAAACAAAGUAGUUUCACAAGCUGGAAGAGGAGAGUUCACAGAAGUGAGGAAACUUUAUUUAGAGGGAAAAGAACACAGGAGCAGUUUGCCCUUUCUGUUGAUUCAGUGAUGAGAGCACACCGUCAUGGCUCCACUAAUUACUGGAGUAGCAGUCACAUACUUGCUUCUUUAUGUUAUUCAGCGUAAUUAUCUCUUUCUAGAUCUUCCCUGUGUCUCUGUCUCAGAAUAACCUUUUCAUUACAUUUGUCCUCUGUUUUUCUUUUCUCCCCGUCUUGCUCUUUCUUGCAGGCUCAUUUAUUGUUUCUGUUUUCCCUUUUCUCUCCUCCACCCACACAAAUUUUUAUCUCUGAUGACAUUUUCAGUCCAGUGGCUUUAGAAACAAACUGCACAGACUGUAAUUCUUGUUGCUCUGCUAAUCUGCUUUCUGCUGGAGACAAAGAAUGACCAAGGGCUGCUCGUUAAUGUGCCAUUGUUUCGUUUUCCCUGCACCAAGAUCAGACUGGUUACUGAUAAAUUCAAGAAAGCCACAACUCGUGUUUUGUGUAUAGAAGAAAAUUAAAUGUUGACAGAAGAGUGUUACGCUUGGCUGGGGGAGCUAGUAUCUUUUGGAAAGCUAAAACGGGCCACAUCAGUUGAUGCAUGCAGUAGGAAGAGAAAGUUCAUAAAGAAUUGGAUGAAAAUGCACGCAUGCUGUCUGAGGAAUGCUAAUGCCUAGAGAUAUGAGUUACAGAAUUUGAAUAAACUUUCUGCCCAGCAAGUGAAAUCUUUUAUUUGAGUUUUUGUCAGAGCGAAGGAGGAUACCAUGGUUACUCAUACACAUACCAUCAGACACGUAGCACAUGCUGGAGAGCUCAAAGGUCAAAACACAACUGAGUUCCAUUUUCAAUAGAUGUUUCUCUUUCAAGUCUAAAACCAACAUCUCACUUUCCUUGAAUCAGUAUACAGAGAUAGCCUAUCUUAAUCAAUCGAUGUGCAUACACAUGUAAAAAUCCUGGAAUACACACAGUGAAAUUUAUCUGACUGCAGUGCUUCAGUCAAAUUGAUCUGCUAUUGAUUGUUACAGUGGAUGAUGGGAUCAUUCGGCAGUACGAGCUGUAUUCAUUUGAAACAUUACUCUUACCACUAAAAUAUUUUUGCAGACAAGAUAGAUGCAAGUUAUUUUUGUUUGCAGUGAAAAGUAACACAAAUAAAGAAAAACAUCCUGGAAUGCCCUUCAUUUAAAACAAGGCUAAAGGCAUUGUGCCUCUACACUGCAUCUUUCCUGUGACGCUUAAAGUAAUUUAUGUACGGAUGUAUAGUGGUUAAAUUUCACUUCCAUGACACUGCAUUUUGUAUCUAAAAGUAGGCACAGCUUAUUAA